CGCGGCCGGCGCCGGAAGCGUCGCGCAGUCCCGGAGCCCCUCAUGGCGGCGGUGGGGAGCUGGGCGCGGCGCAGUGGUGACUGAGCUGCGAGCCUGGCGGGCGUGCGCCGAGCCACGUGCCCCCCACCCCCGGGCUCUUCACCCUGAUGCUGCACGGGUGCUGAGCCCGCCGGGUCGGGACGAUGGUGAAGUAUUUCCUGGGCCAGAGCGUGCUCCGAAGUUCCUGGGACCAAGUGUUCACUGCCUUCUGGCAGCGGUACCCGAAUCCCUACAGCAAACAUGUCUUAACCGAAGACAUUGUGCACCGGGAGGUGACCCCUGACCAGAAGCUUCUGUCCAGGAGACUCCUGACCAAGACCAACAGGAUGCCACGGUGGGCAGAGCGGCUGUUUCCUGCCAACGUCGCUCACUCGGUGUACAUCCUGGAGGACUCUGUUGUGGACCCACAGAACCAGACCAUGACCACCUUCACCUGGAACAUCAACCACGCCCGGCUCAUGGUGGUGGAGGAGCGGUGCGUUUACCGCGUGAACGCCGACAACAGUGGCUGGACCGAAAUCCGCCGGGAAGCCUGGGUCUCCUCUAGCCUGUUUGGCGUCUCCAGAGCCGUCCAGGAAUUUGGUCUUGCCCGGUUCAAAAGCAAUGUGACCAAGACAAUGAAGGGCUUUGAGUACAUCUUGGCCAAGCUACAAGGUGAGGCCCCUUCCAAAACGCUUGUUGAGACAGCCAAAGAGGCCAAAGAGAAGGCAAAGGAGACAGCACUGGCAGCUACUGAGAAGGCCAAGGACCUGGCCAGCAAGGCCGCCACCAAGCAGCAGCAGCAGCAGCUCGCAUAGCCCGCUUCCGCUCCCUUCCUCCGAAACCGAGUAUUAAAGAUGGGCCUGCAGCCCUCUGUGCUGUCUGGGUGGUGGGGCAGGAGCCUGGCCACAGCAGCGUCUGCAGGGCUCCCAGCCCCGCCCGGCGGCGGAGAGCUGCGGUGACCUGCCCGAGGUCCCAAGCAGGCAGUGUGGUGAUGGGUAACACACUGCGCUCCACGGGGGCGGGCUCCUUGUUUUAUUCUCUGCUGUGUCCCAGGUACCCGGAACAAUAUUCAGCACAUAACAGGCACUCAAUAAACAUGAUUUGAUUGGCCCCA